UUUACAAAAUUUAAUUUCUGAAUUCUACUCUGGAAUUACAUAGUUUAUUGAAAGUGUAUUAUAUUUAUCUUUCUAUGCAAUUUGAUAUUACUUAUGAAAUCGUGAUAGCCCAGUACUAAAAUUAUUUUUCUUUCAAUACAAAUGACCGACUUUCCUUCUUCUAAUUGUAGUAAAUAUUUCUUAAAAAGUCAUGAACCAGCCCCAUAUAAAUUAACACAUUUAGUUGAAAUUCUGUACCAAAUUCAGUAUGAAUUGUCUUUAUUACUCUCUUGUGAUGACUUGUCCAAAAAACUAAAUCCAGUUGUAGAGUAUGUUUAUAAUCCUCUUCAGUAUGCCAGGGAUAAUUAUUUGGAGUUUUUGCAGACUUAUAUUUAUUCGCAGAAGAAAUUGAUGUUUCUAGGUAUCAACCCUGGCCCUUGGGGAAUGGUACAGACUGGGAUACCAUUUGGAGAAGUAAACAUAGUUCGUGAUUGGUUAAAGUUGAGUGGAACUAUCUUUCCACCGGAAAAUCAACAUCCAGCCAGACCUGUAGAAGGAUUUCAAUGCAAGCGAAGUGAAGUUAGUGGAAGACGUUUCUGGGCUCUUGCAAAAGAACUUUCGAGGAAUGAUCCAAAAUUGUUCUUCAAAAAUAGCUUUUUGUAUAACUAUUAUCCAUUAUCUUUGCUCGCGGCUUCUGGAAAAAAUAUAACACCUUCAGAUCUUAAGGUGGUAUAGUUGUUACUAGGACUGGCUUUGCUGAUUAACUGUAAGACUUGGCAAGGUAAAAGUCAUUCUUGAGGGACUGACCAGUUGAUUUGAAUCCAACAAAUCGACAAGUUAAACAGUUAAAAGACAUUUUGUAUCACUACAACCAAUAAGAAACUCAUAGUAUUCUACCAUUAAUACUUAAGUAGCAAAAUAAAAAUUAUGAACCUGCGUCAACUAAUAUUUGGGAAUGACUAAAAUAAAAAUAGCUGCAAAAACGGUUUUAAAUUCUCUUUAUUGACUCGAGUGGAAAAUUUAAAACAUUUAUUUUAAGAUUUAAAGUCAUUUUUAAGAAGAAUCACUACUUUGCAUAAGCAAAAAAUUAAUACAAUGUCUAUGUACUCGUAUUAUGUACCUACUAACAAUAGUUUAAUUGUGCUUGGUGAGAAUAAAUGUUGAGAACAUCAGUGCCUUUAUCACAAUAAAAGACAUAGUAAUAAUCUACACACAGAAAAGGUAAUACACAGUAUUUUUUAUUCGAACUGCUAUAUACAGCAUGAUCGAUGUCCAGGCAAUUGACCUUCAAUGGAAGGUAAGUAGAACGACACAAGUGAAUUCUGAUUGAUCCUACCAAUAGGUACUGAAACGUCUGGGUUUGGAUUGUUUUUUAUUUAUAUUACAUACACCACAGAUGCACGUAUUAUUCGAGAAACAUCUAAGUACAUUGAGGGUUGGUAUAUUUCUAAAUUCGUAUUAUACAAGGUAUAUGUUUUCCUGUAUUAUAAAUAAAUGUAAUAACUGUGACUAAUAUAAUUAAUU